GUCGAGAACCCCACACUCCCAACUCCCACUUCUCUACUCCAACAACAACAAAAAAAGUCCAACAUCCUAGGCAGUAAUAAUAGUUAAAAAAAAAUAAAAAAUAAAAAAAAUAUCUAAACUCCAAAUCUACACCAUAGAUUCAAGAACUUCUCUUUUCAUUUUUCACCCCAAAGAUUCAAUCUCUCUUCUUCUUCUUCUUUGUUAUUCUUCACUUGAAUGAACUUCACUACCUAACUAGCACUUCAUCAUAAACAUGCCAUUUUUACCCUUUUUUUCUAUCUUUCUGUUCUUGGUUUUCAUUUUUGUUAACAAUAAGGCAACAACAACAGCUCAUAGCUGUUUAAAACCAUCAAAUGAAGGUGAAAUUUCAUGUCCACCUUUUACUUCUUUUCCCCCUUUUCCUUUUUCUUCAUCACCUGGUUGUGGUCAUCCUUCUUUCCAAAUCCAAUGUUCACGUUCUUCAAAUGCUGUUAUUUCCAUAAAUAACACCACUUUCUCUUUGCUUAAUUAUGAACCUACUUCUUCAACUCUUCUACUUUCUCCACAACAAUCUAACUUCAAAAACUGUUCUUUUUCAAGAUCCAUUUCACUUUCAGGUUCACCAUUUCAUGUCUCUGAUUCAUCUUGUUCUAGACUUUCUGCUUUGAAACCUUGUCCACCACCAAAUCUCCCAAAUUGUAGUCACUGUCCAUGGCAAUGUAAACUAAUCAAGAACCCACUUUUGCUUCUUCAUGAAUGUGUUUCAAGACACCAUUUUGACUCUGAUGAAAGAUGCCAAAGUGAUAUUCUUGGUUUUCUUGAUGAUUUCUUGAAAAUGGGAGUUGAAGUUGAGUGGGAUGAGAAUCAAGAUUCAUACUUUUCAAGUUGUAGAACUUGUAAAGCUAGUAGUGGUGUUUGUGGAUUCAAUAAUUCUCAUCCAAAGAAACCAUUUUUGUGUUUUCCUCUAUCUGAAGUUAGGUACUCACCUCCUUUGAUAAGACAAAAAAGUGCUAAUCAUGUAGUUAUGUUGGCAUUGGUGUUUUUAUUUGUGUGUUUUCUAGUUGUUUUCUCUAUUGGAAGUUUGAUUUUUCGUUCAAGAGAAAGAAGGGCAGGUUUAGAAGAAGAUCCUACUAUUAUUUAUCUUAGAAGGCACAGGUCUGCUAGUUUACUUCCACCAGUUUUCCCAUAUGAAGAGCUUGAAAACUCUACUAAUCACUUUGACCAAAAAAGGAAACUUGGGGAUGGUGGAUUUGGUUCUGUUUAUUUAGGGAAUCUUGAUGAUGGUAGGCUUGUUGCAGUUAAACAUUUGCAUAAACAUUCACCAAGUGGGGCUAAAGCCUUUUCAACAAAGUCAUUUUGCAAUGAAAUCUUGAUUUUGUCAUCAAUUAACCAUCCAAAUCUAGUCAAACUUCAUGGCUAUUGUAGUGAUCCAAGAGGGCUUCUUUUGGUUUAUGACUAUGUUCCAAAUGGUACUCUUGCUGACCAUCUUCAUGGCUGCAAGAAUUUGUACAAAAAGGGUUCUUUAACUUGGAGUUUAAGAGUUGAUAUAGCAUUACAAAUAGCAAUGGCAAUUGAGUACUUGCAUUUUUCUGUUGUUCCACCUAUAGUUCAUAGAGAUAUUACUUCAACCAACAUUUUUGUUGAAAAAGAUAUGAGGGUAAAAGUUGGUGACUUUGGGCUAUCAAGACUCUUAGUAUGCACAGAUGUAACAGUUGCUUCUGGUGAUUCUACUGGUGAAGUUUGGACAGGUCCACAAGGAACUCCUGGUUAUUUAGAUCCUGAUUAUCACAAGUCAUUUCGAUUGAACGAAAAGAGCGAUAUAUAUAGCUUUGGUGUUGUGUUGUUGGAACUAAUAACAGGGAUGAAAGCUGUGGACCAAAAGAGGGAGAAAAGGGAAAUGGCAUUGGCUGAUAUGGUAGUUUCAAGAAUUCAAAUGGGGUUGUUGCAGCAAGUUGUGGACCCCGUUUUGGUGGUCGAUGGCGAAGCAAUGGAAGGCGUCGGUGCAGUGGCGGAGCUCGCAUUCCGAUGCGUAGCGACCGAUAAGGAUGAUCGUCCUGAUUCAAGGGAUGUGGUGGCAGAGUUGAGACGGAUAAGGGGCAAGGCAAGGGGAGUUGGAAGUGGUAUAUUGAGGACAUCAAAUUCUAGUAACAUGGUGGUUCCUGAUGGGAUCGGGUUAAUUGACUAAUUAGUCAGUUAUUUGGUAGACAGAGUCAAUCGAUAUCUGUACUGAUUAGAUAUAGUUAGUAUUUGAUAGAAUGAUCACAUUGUGUACGAUAAGUGUGUUGAUGAGAGGUAAGGUAGCCGAUAUCUAAUAGAAUAGUCGGAUUGUGCGCGCAUGAGAGGUACCAAUAUCUCAUUGAAUAAUCAGCUGCACACAAGUUACUUUUAAAAAGUGUAAUUGAUUAAAGUGUAAAUGUGAAUUGCACUUUUUUUUGGGGUGGGGAAGCUUUGGACUGAAAAGGUGUCGGGUGAAGUUUUUGUAUGAUUGUGGUAAAAUGGAAUGUUAAUGUAUAGAUCCUACUUUUAUUA